AUGCUCUGCUCCUGUCGCCUGAGCCCCCUGCGGCUUUUCAUACAGGGCAUUUCGCAAUUGCACAUCUCCGAACCUGUCGCCGCAGCGAGACUCCCGCAACACCUCAAGAACUCCCGUAUUCUCCAGCUCAGCCAGGCCUCAACAUUUGCAACUUCAACCGUCCAGAACCAAAAGCAUGACUGGGUGCCCUUCCAAAAAGGAGGAAAGCAGGCUACAUCAAGGGGGCUAGUCGACGAACAAGACCCAGACGACGCGAAACCGAAGCGAGAAAACUGGCAGCUCCAAAAAGAAGCCCUCAAAAAGAAGUUCCCCGAGGGUUGGAAGCCGCGCAAGCGCCUGUCCCCGGACGCCAUUGCCGGCAUCAAGGCGCUGCACGCACAGUUUCCCGAGGAGUACGACCUCAAGACGCUCGCCGACAAGUUCGAGAUGUCGCCCGAGGCGAUCCGCCGCAUCCUGAGGAGCAAGUGGCAGGCGUCGCCCGAGGAAGAGGAGGACAGACAAGAGAGAUGGUUCCGGCGCGGUGUCAACGUGUGGUCGCGGUACGCGGAGCUGGGCCUGAAGCCGCCCAGUAAAUGGCGCCGCGAGGGCGUCACGCGCGACCCGUCGUAUCACGAGAACCGCAAGGCGGCGAUACAGAGGAGGAAAGAGGAGGAGGCCACGGAGAAUGUCGGGGAGAGGCUGCAGCGGAAGCUGUCUGAUACCAUUCUAUGGUUUUCGCGGUCUUGGACACUACCGGAACUCAUUGCCCCACCUCGGCUUGUAUUCUAUACCCGCGACUGGCAGAUUAUCGGCUCGCGAUUCGACCUCCGAAGGCAGUUGUAUGACAUUACUAGUAUUGACCCUUUCGUUCUCGAGGGAGGUGAUCUUGCAGGGGUGUCUGUGGCCCGGAAGAUGUUCUGGGCCACCAACCGCAACGCGCGUUGGCUCGAGGAUAUUGCAUAUUCCUUGUCAGGACUAUUCGGCGUCGAUAUGAUACCGAUCUACGGCGAGGGCAAUGUAAACGCUUUCUUACGUCUUCAAGAGCACGUUGCAAAGACCGUCAGAGAUCCGACCCUUUUCGCCUGGAGAGGAGAUUGGGCCCAGAAGUACUCGACUUGGGAUGACUGCAAAGACCUUGUCGACUCGGGGCGACUCAGGGACUUCCUGGCAAGCAGUCCGACUGCCUUUAGUCACUGUGGAAGAAUGUUCCCCGCUUUAGGAACCGUUGAUGACAGUGGGCCAAGUUACAGAGACUUCGAUGAUGCUGAGGAUUCGGCAUGGGAGACCAGCUCUGUAGCAUCCUUUGAAUCGUCGACGACCACUUUGGUUGGAGGAUCGACUUCGACACCGGUUAGAGCAGGCUUGGGCAAUGCGAUAUCGUUCUUGUCCGAGAAUGGCAAGUUAUAUCCGCUCUUUGAGUCGGCUAUGCGAAAGCCUGGAAUUGGAUCCGACAGGCUUCGAAGGAACUUGACCCGAAUGCUGCGAUCAUUGGGGCUGGAGUUAGCAAUAGAAGCUACAUCAAAGGAAGAAGCCCUAUCCGCUGUAUUCUUCCGUAUGUACCGGCUGGCAAUUGCAUCAGGGGUCACAUCGAGAAUCGCAGAGAAGUGCCUCAAGCCUAUCGCCCUCGACCAGCCGAGGGAUAGCACCCCGGAGCUUUUUUCAGGCACUCAGCCUGAGGAAUCAAGACCUGAUGACGUCGCGCAGCUUGAGCAGGAAGACGACGACUUGGACCAUCAAGAGGACGAGGAUAUCCCCGAGGAGAAGGAGGGGGGAGCAGAUGAAUUAGACUUUGAGAGUAUCCGGGCUUUCGUCCUCUCCAGCGCGGCAUUCGAUAACAUGACGAGGAGACUUUCCGAUUUUGUCAACACUAGUUUCCGGACACAGGCUCAGAAGCUCGUCGCGAAGGUCCUCAAGGGCAAAGACAUUUUGAAUGACCAGUAUUGGGUUGACAUGAAGUAUAAGAUGCAAGUCAUCCUGACGGAGCUGGAAGAGUCGCGUCCUGAGAAUGUUGUGCUCGACAUUGAAACCACACCGAAGAGACUGGAUACAUUCCAAGCUUGGGUGGAAAUUUGGACAGAGGAGGAUUGGGAUUGGUGGCCCCUUUCGCCUCCCAAGCAUGCUCUGAGCUCGACCGAGGCGCGAAUUGGAUGGCGCUGUCCGAAGCCAAACAGCUUCGGCAAGCAACCCAACAGCAGAGGCUCCGCCGACAUCGUCGACGACACUGCGGAAUUUGGCCAAGAGUUGCGAAAGACAUACCGCGAUCUUAAAGGCUUCUGGCGAUGGUGGUUCUCGCCUUACAAUUUCUCACACUGUGAGUUUGUCCGUUUUGAAAAGUUCUGCCGCAACGGUUUCGCCUACCGCGGCCUCGAAGUCCCAAGCACAUUACAAAAGGACUACUACUACAACCCCCGACCCGCCCUCCGCGAGCCACCCGUCUCUCCCGAAGAAUUCAGCCACGUGUUUCGCUAUGCGGCCAAGAACGAAAGUGUUGUCUGGACAUCGCUCGGUCUGCCUUUCUAUGAGACCGUGGAGGCGCUGAGCGACGACACGGUCGGCUGCAUACCCCAGCGGUACCACUACCUCGAUGAGAGGAGCAAUCGCAAGGAAGACUUUUGGGGCUUGUAUAUCCGAGAACGUCGGUCCGCGCUGAUGACAUCGGCAUACAUAUUGCUGUGUCUCUCGCCGUUUUUUGCCUUUUGCUUUUUGUACCUGUUUGGAGUCAUUUCUGGGGAUAUACAGAAUGCGACGACGCCUCUGGCGCUAGCUUUGACGGCUCUUGGGCUAUUUCUCGGGUCUAUGGUCAAGUCUUAG